AUGCUUGCCUGUCAGAACACCCUCAGGACAAGGUUUGCUGCAGGGCAGCUCUGCAAGGCUUUUGGUGUGAGACUGGUCACGAACCCGCAAGUCAUCCAAUUGGCCAAGAAUGCAGGGUUCGAUAGUCUCUUUAUCGACCUGGAGCACUCGAGUCUCUCGGUAGACGAUGCGAGCAAGCUCUGCUGCGCUGGACUUUCCCUUGGCACAACGCCCUUUGUCCGUGUACCGCAUCAAAGCGGCAAUGGGUUGGUCCAGAAGGUGCUGGACGGAGGCGCAAUGGGUGUCAUCUUCCCGCAUGUGCAGAGCGCCGAGGAAGCCAAAGCGGCUGUAGCCAUUUCGAAAUACCCGCCAAUGGGCUGCCGGUCAAUGACAGGGCAACUGCCCGUCUUCUCUCUCAAGACUUUACCACAGCACCAAGUCAUCCGCGAGAGCAAUACUUCCGCAUCUACAGUUUUCGUCAUGAUAGAAAACGAAGCAGCCAUCGAAAAGGUCGAUGAGAUUGCUUCUGUGGAAGGAGUGGAUGUUCUCCUCAUCGGGUCCAACGACCUGGCCAUCGAGCUAGGCGUUCCAGGAGAGUUCCGCAGUGACAGAUUCAAGGGAGCACUGAGACAAGUGAGCGCAGCCUGUAAGAAGCACGGCAAAGUCAUGGGUCUUGCGGGCAUCUACGACCAACCUGAUAUCCAUGACUGGGCCAUUCACUCGCUGGGUGUGCGGUUCAUGCUUUGCCAGCAAGAUUCUGGGUUGAUCGCUGGUGGAGCUACAAAGUGUUUGGCGGCAGUUGCAGAUGUCGAGAAUGCUCAUGUGACAAACCGGGAUAUCACUGCGCGAGAAGAUGACAAUGACCAAGCUGAGAUAUCCAACGACCACUUGAAAGGCCUGAGAAACCCUUUGGUCACGAGUUCUCCUAGCUUCAUGACGGAUAACCAAGGCAAACGACGCUUCUUGGGCCCAUCGUCAACAUGGGCAUAUAGCCGACAUGCCAUGAGCAUGAUUCAGGCACACCUGGGCGAACACUCCUCUCCAGAUGUUCCGAUGAACGUCGAUGGCACUGCUUUUCCAUUGGAUACAGCUUCAUUGAAGGAUGAUUCCAGUUUGUCGACCUUGGACAAUUUGCCUUCGUUUGAUUAUGCCAUUUACCUGACCAACACUGUCAAGUUUCACAUCACUCAAACUUACCACUUGUUUGAGGAAUCUAACUUUAAUCGGACUCUAAAUGUCAUCUAUAGUCAGGACCCUCCGCCAAUAGACUCCAACCGACUCGAGUACAUACAGUACUUUGUCGUUAUGGCUCUGGGCAAGGCCUUGUUGGGGCGCGCUGGGUCUAAUGCACAACCACCGGGGAACGAAUAUUUCUUACAGGCCAUCAAAAUCUUUCCGGAUAUAACAGGACUUUGUCAAGAUCCAAUUUUAUCUGUUGAGAUCUGCUGUGGUCUAGCUCUAUACCUUCAGUCGAUUGACCACCGAAACAGCGCCUACCUCUAUCUUGGGCUGGCUCUACGCGUCUCUCUAAGUCAAGGCCUUCAUCGUGAUCUGACAGGGGGCUAUCUUGAUCCUACUGAAGAAACAAGACAUCGAAGUGCCUGGUGGACCCUGUACAUUUUGGACAGGAAGUUCGCAUCACUGAUGGGCGCCCCGAGCUCGAUAAACGAUGGAGAUAUUUCAGUUCUUCUACCCGAAGGGCCACAAGCAACCCAAAAGUCUAAAGUAGUCGACAUGCAUGUCAAGCUCUCACGGCUCAUGGCCAAAGUCAUCAACACUGUUUAUGCAACUGAUGAUCGACUGGGAUCAUCGUUCCUUCGAAACACGCAGGCUAUUCUUCGUGAACUGGCUAAGCUCGGGGAUGAUUUGGCUGCAUCCCCAGAGCUGAAGCCAGGGAACUCCAGUCCCGUUGGUCGAGUUUCAGCAACACUUAAUCUUUGCUAUCAUCAAUGCAUUCUGCUGGCUACACGUCCCCUUCUGAUCUGUCUCCUUCGUGACAGACUACAGGAUAAGACGGCUGGUGGUAGUCCCGAUCGACAUACCGUUGAGCCCAUCACGGCUCUUCUGAAAACGUCGAGUGAAUCUGCGAGCAAGUCAUUGCGCAUAUUGGCUGCCUUGCAAUCGCAUGACCUGUUAGAAAUAUUUCUCCCCUUUGACCUUGAGCAGAUAUUCUCGUCAGGUUUCAUCAUUACACUAAUCUCGGCCAUACACCCGUUCCCAAACGCCGUGGAUGAAUCCGGAUUUGACAAGUCUCUAAACCUACUCGACACACUCAUCGCCAACGGCAAUAUCCCAGCACGGUUCCGUCGCGAGGAACUUGUUCGUCUACACGAGAUGUUGCUCCUUGUUAGCCAGCAGGAGACCAAUCCCGAAGAUGUAGGAGGCGAUGUGUUGGAUCCAUCGCAUUCCAUGCCCCAUAGCAUGUCGCCGAACCAGAUAUUAUCCAUUGCCAACUUGCUGGAUUCUUAUCCAGAUCUAGACAGCAUAGUAGGCGUAGGAACUGAGGGGUGGUUAUGGGAAACAGACACUGCAGCAGUUCAGCAUUUGGAACCUCAGGCGGGCCAAGAUGUCCCAGCUAUUGGCAGUCCUCAGACCGAAAUACCCUGA